GGAUUCUCCGUGUGUUGAGAACGUCAAGCAGAGGACGAGCGGGAAGCACUUCAAUAUCAACACUAGCGUCUAGUAUGGGUGUUUCGGUGACUGCGUGCGACUCGCCUCUGGCACUACGCGACGUCAGCAGCCCGCAGUCCAGCAAGGAGAGCGGCAGUCCGCCACAGUGGCGCCCCGACGCCGCCAGCGACUCGUGCUUGUGCUGCGGUAACGACUUCUCCAUCUGGACGCGCCGUCGUCACCACUGCCGCGCCUGCGGAGAACUCGUGUGCGGUGAGUGCUCACCUUUCUCCGUACGACUGCCAGAACUCGGCUACAAAGGUCGCGUGCGCGUAUGCACGCACUGCCACGCGUUGGCCGAGUCCACGCUGGCCACGUCCGACUCAACGGACUCGCUCUCCGGGCUCGAGUCUGCAGCUGCGUCUAGUGAAUCCUCGGACAAUGAGCAGCUGGGUGACGUCGAGGAGGAUCUUGUGUUCCGCGCUGUCGAUGUGCUUGCCCAGACCUCACGCGACAAGCGCUCCAAGGUCCAGUACCAGUACUUCGUUCAGUCCGAGGCGGUGAGCUGGCUCAUGGACGCUGGCAUCAUGUCGAACCGUACGGGCUGCGCGGCGCUCUUCAUGCGCCUCGUUGACUAUGGUUACGUGACUCUCAAGCCAUGGAAAGGCUCGGGCCGUAGCGCCUUCUACAUCUUGAGUGAGGAGGUGUCCAUCGAGAACCGCACUUCCCACUACGACACGGCCAUCCAUUCGGAGACGAGCAAGUGCCGCAACUGCGCGCAAUCGUUCCAGAAGGCGCUCGCUCCAGCCGACGGCUUCUGCUCCAUCGACUGCAAGACCAACGCGCUCAUCAGCCAGUCGGACUCGGCUCGCAUCCGUCGCUUCUGCAAUUAAGGCCGCACCCUUCAGUCCCGUGACAAGCAUCUCCUUUUUAUCUAUCGGCGCCCCUGGUGGCGACGUCCGUCCUGUAUUAUAGACUGUUCGAUGUGUAUUUACGAAGAAUUCAUGUAGCUAAGGUGUCGGUGCUAACUUGCACAAUUGCACCGCACGAUAAGAUAUUUUUCAUCAACGCA